UCCCGCAGCGAGCGGGCGAGCAGCAGCCCUGCGGCACAGCAGCCCCCGAGCUCGUCAGCGGGAGGGGAAGGGGUGCAGAGACCGACCUACGCGGGGAGCAGUGACACGUCUUCAGAGACCUCGGAGGACUCGGACAGCAGCCCUUCCUGCCCCCAGGUACGGCCGUGGGCAGAAACCUUUGCCAAAGAAAACCUCAAUUACACAUCCCUGGUCUUCCCAGGAAAAAGCCGUGGGCCAGGCUCCAUCGGGGACUACGAGAACAUGAAGACUGGGGCGGAUUAUGUCAACGUGGACCCCAAAAAGAGGAAAGUGGAUUUCUGGUCCUGCUCCAGCCCUGUGGCAUCCAAGCCCAUGGAGUACACCGAGGUGAAGCUGUGA